AUGCCCGUCAAUGUGCCCAUCGACGAUCCUAAUGCCGACACUGAGUGGAAUGACAUCCUCCGCAAGCACAAAAUCAUUCCCGAGAAACCUCCGUCACCUACUCCCAUGAUCGAAGAAGCCUUAACCGAAGCCCGUAGACUCGCUCACGAGAACCGCCUGGAAGGCAAGGAGCUCGAUGAGCUGGCUGAGUUGGAAGACGAGGAAGAUGAGGACUUCCUUGAGUUCUAUCGUCAGAAGCGCAUGAACGAACUCGCUGCCAUCCGCUCAGCCUCUGUCUACAACCAGGUCUACCCGGUACAGAAGCCCGAUUGGUCGCGGGAUGUGACUGAAGAAUCAAAGAAGGCCUUCAUCUUCGUACUCCUUACAUCUUCGUCAGGUACGAAUGUCGAAUCGCGUCUGUUGAUCGAGAUCUGGCGCGAAUUGGCUACAAAGUUUGGAGACAUCAAGUUCUGUCAGAUCGAGGCCAACCUCUGUAUUGAAGGUUACCCGGACAAGAAUACUCCGACUGUCUUGGUCUACAAGGAUGGCGACAUCAAGCGCCAACUGGUAACUCUACGCGAUUUGAAGGGCGAUCGAACCACCAUCCGUGACCUAGAGGAUUUGCUUCGCUCUCUGGGUGCCGUUGACCCUAAUGAUUCCCGCCUUGGUCCUCGCCACCAGGAAGAGGCCCCGCAAUCCACUCUCAGGAGUGCUGGCCAAGGCGCUGGCCUUGGAAAUGACGAUAGCGACAGCGACUGGGACUAA